AUGGAAGGCCUCUUCUUCAACGUCGACUACGGAUACAUCGAGGGUGUUGUUCGUGGCUACCGCAAUGGUCUUUUGACCGGAAACCAGUACGCCAACUUGACCCAGUGUGAUACUCUCCAGGAUUUGAAAUUGCAACUUUCGGCCACCGAUUACGGAAACUUUUUGGCCUCGUACGCCGGCCCAUUGUCGACCUCCGUCAUCCAGGACCGCCUCUCCAAGAAAAUGUACGCAGAGUUCCAGUACUUGCGCAGCCAGAGUCUGGGCAAGUUGACCAAGUUCUUGGACUACGUAUGCUAUGGCUACAUGAUCGAUAACGUAUCUUUGAUGAUCACCGGAACAUUGCACGACCGUGACUGUGCGGAAAUUUUGCCCAAGUGCCACCCAUUGGGCUGGUUUGAGACCUUGCCCACGUUGUCCAUUGCUACAGAUAUCGAGUCCUUGUACAGCACUGUGUUGGUGGACACGCCGUUGGCUCCAUUCUUCAAGGACUGCCUUACCGUAGAUGACUUGGAUGACCUCAACAUUGAGAUUAUUCGUAACAGAUUGUACAAGAACUAUUUGGAGGCAUUCAAGGAGUUCAUCCAGAAAGAGUUUGAUGGACCUGACUUGGAGAUCAUGACCCGCUUGUUGGACUUCGAGGCCGACAAGCGUGUCAUCAACAUCGCGCUCAACUCUUUGAACAACCCGGACUUGUCGCCGGAAGACAAGACAUCCUUGUUCCCACAGUUUGGCCGCUUGUACCCAGUGUACCACAAGGACUUGGCCCUGGCAGAGGAUGUGGAACAGAUCAAGUACAUUGUAGAGUCCAUUGGUGAGUACCUGGAGCUUUUCAGCGAUGGACACGACGCCAAUGGCGGCUCGAAGAACAUCGAGGACUGGUUCUAUUUGUUGGAGAUGCAAUACAACAAGAACGCCUUCACCCAGCAAUUCACCUUAUCUGCGGUCUGGGCCUGGUUGCGCUCCAAGGAGCAGGAGGUCAGAAACAUCACUUGGAUAGCCGAGUGUAUCGCCCAGAACCAGAAAAACAGAAUCAACAACUACAUCUCUGUGUACUAG